CAAACGCAACGGUAGAAGUUGGAAUGUGUCUGUCUGAGUCAAUGAGUACAUUUCAGACUCCUGCUGCUUCAGUCACGCUGGCUGAACUUGGGAUAGAUACCAGCCUUCAGAACACAAUGGACGGACAGGCAUAUGGGAGAGAUGGAACAAAUGGAAAAGCCUGGAUAGAGGGCGAAAAAAGAAAGGAUGACGACCUGGGUCAGAAGGAAAUGUUGGUGAAGGAAGGAUGUGCAGUGAAGGAGAGAUCAGCGAAGGUGAAGAUGGAGGAGAGAGGUCACUGGGGCAGCAAGACAGAAUUUCUUCUGGCCGUAGCAGGCAACGUGGUGGGACUAGGUAACGUGUGGAGGUUCCCCUACCUCUGCUACAAAAAUGGUGGAGGGGCGUUCCUGGUGCCGUACCUGGUGUUUGUGAUGACCUGCGGGGUGCCCUUGUUCCUGCUGGAGACGGCCAUGGGACAGUACACUCAGGAGGGGGGCAUCACCUGCUGGAAGAGGCUGUGCCCAUUGGCCGAGGGUAUCGGCUAUGCAGGGCAGUUGAUCCUCCUCUACAGCUGUAUGUGUUACAUCAUCAUUUUGGCCUGGGCUCUGUUCUACCUGGUCUUCUCCUUCAGCGCUCAGCUCCCCUGGGCAAGCUGCACCAACCCCUGGAACACUGAUGACUGUGUUGACUUCUCCUCUCAAAACCGUACUUUCAAUUGGACUGGACAGAUGAACUCAACCUCUGCAGCCACUGAAUUCUGGGAGCGUCGUGUGCUGGCCAUCUCGGGGGGCAUAGAGGAGGUGGGCAGUGUCAGGUGGGAGGUGCUGCUCUGUCUCAUCGUCAUGUGGGUCAUCUGCUACUUCUGCAUCUGGAAAGGGGUCAAGUCAACAGGCAAGGUUGUAUAUUUCACUGCUACCUUUCCCUACGCGAUGCUGCUGGUACUACUGAUCAGAGGCCUGACUCUGCCAGGGGCCCUGCAGGGGGUCCUGUUCUACCUCUACCCUGAACCAGACAGGCUCUCUGACCCCCAGGUGUGGAUGGAGGCCGGCUCCCAGAUCUUCUUCUCCUACAGUGUGGGAGUGGGCUCCUUAAACGUGCUGGGCUCCUACAAUACCUACAACAACAACUGCUACAAAGACUGCCUGUGGCUGUGCUUGCUGAACAGCGGCACCAGCGUGGUUGCUGGGUUCGCAGUUUUCUCAGUCCUGGGGUUCAUGGCUCAUGAACAGGGCGUCCCCAUUGAGGAGGUGGCGGAGUCAGGUCCUGGGCUGGCGUUCAUAGCGUACCCCCAGGCAGUAGCCAUGAUGCCCCUGCCUCAGAUGUGGGCUGCUUGUUUCUUCAUCAUGAUCAUUCUACUGGGUCUGGAUACACAGUUUGUUGCCAUGGAGGUGGUGAUGACGUCAGUAUCAGACCUGUUUCCCACGGUGCUGCGGAGGACUGGGCGCAGGGAGCUCUUUCUCCUCUUCUUCUGUCUCACCUGCUUCUUCUUCCAACUCGUUAUGGUCACAGAGGGUGGGAUGUAUGUGUUCCAGCUGUUUGACUACUAUGCCUGUAACGGAACCUGUUUGCUCUUCCUCUCUGUGUUCGAGUCCCUGGCCAUGGGAUGGAUAUUUGGUGCAGAGCAUAUGUAUGGCGUAAUAGAGGACAUGACAGGGAUGAGGCCUAACCCCGUCUUCAAGCUCUGCUGGCUCUACUUGACCCCUCUGGUUUCCCUGGUGUCGUUCAUCUGCUCUCUGGUGGAGUACCAGCCCCUGACCUUCAACCGCUGGUAUGUGUACCCAGGAUGGGUGUAUGUUCUGGGCUGGCUGUUGGCCCUCUCCUCCAUCGUCCUGGUCCCCGGGUGGGCCCUGCUGCAGAUCUGCACCGGGACAGGCAGCCUUAGAGAGCGUUUCCUCCACUUGUGUCGGCCAGACAAUGACCUCCCGUUGACCCGGAAGAGAAAGGCUGUCCUCUGGAGCAGAGAUGGAGGUACACUCAUGACUGCAGCAGAGGAAAGCACAGACAAGUGAUACACAUCCAGAAAAGCUUCUGUGUCAAAGCUCUUCGUAUACUGAACGUUUAUUUCAACACCAAGCUGAACUCUUGUAUCUUUACCAACACGUUGAGAGAAACGCAUUGAUAAUGAACAAUGGUGCAUGUUUCAAUAGUGUCAUCAUGUUCCAUAUUUGAAGUGUUGCCACCUUACAUUUGAAAGGACAAAGCUCAAACAACCUAGAGACACUGUAGGUUGUCAUUGUACAAAACAAUGUUCUUUCAACUGUCCCCACUCAGGGCUUAACAUGUGUAGUGGCUUCCUUUAGUUUUUACCAUAGCCACUGCCCAAGCCUGAAGCGGGGUUGUUUGGUACGCAUACAGUCCACACUCAAGGUUUCCAAAAGGCCAAACAUUCAAUGACAUCCAGGGAUAUGGUGCAACAAAAAUGUUUAUUCUUCUUAUAUCUAACAAAUAAAUGAUUCUUCAAUCAACUUAAAGCGUAGAAUACUUGAUAUGGAAAAUACAUAUUAUGACCUGUCUGUAUGUCUGUAUGUUUGUAUGUCUGUAUGGUCAAAAAACUAUACCGCUCCCGCAUCUAGCAAGGACUCCCUCCCCCGAAGGCCCAACUUCCUGCCUUUAUCCUAACACACUUACCACAAUACAAUGAAUAGGCAAGAGCGGGGGCCAAAAACUGAGUUACACUAACAACAAAUGAAUAUUUCUCAAUCAGGUAAAUAUAAAUCAUAAAACGUACGUACCUAAUAUUUCCUCAUUUACAAUAAUAUUUAAUAUACAUGGAGCUCCAUAUGUUAGGUCUUUUAUACAAAUAUGUCCAAAUCGGCUCCAACAACAUGGGUUACUGGCAGCUCAUGACUUUCCUUUCUGAAGUCACUCAAUCCAGUUUCCAUGGUAGCAGUUGUAGUCACAUAAAAGGUCAUCUAGGUUGUCAGUUUCUUAUUAUGAAAGACCACCUUUGGCUAAUAUACAGCAACUCUGACUAAUGGCAUUUUUGUUUUGUAAAUUAGUGCUUUACCUCAACGUUAACCUUCACUUGCAUUUUUAUAAUCCUUACUAGACAUCAGAAACAGGA